AUGUCUUACGAUAAGCAACUUGCUGCUGCCAAGAAAGCUGCCUUUCUCGCUGCCAGCCUUUGUCAGAUGGUGCAGAAUGCUUUGUUGCAAUCAGAUGUCCAAUCAAAAUCCGAUAAAAGUCCUGUCACAGUGGCUGAUUAUGGUUCACAGGCUUUGGUUAGCUUUAUAUUGGAGAAAGAGUUUCCAUCGAUGCCAUUUUCUUUAGUGGCUGAGGAGGACUCAGAAGACCUUCGCAGGGAAGAAAACCGAGAAACACUAGUGCGCAUAAAGGAACUUGUAAACGAUACUCUUGCUAGGAAUGGAAUGAAUCACAUAUCACCCUUGUCUGAGGAAGAUGUGCUCGAUGCCAUUGACCGUGGAAAAUCUGAAGGUGGUCCUCAUGGUCAGCAUUGGGUUUUGGAUCCUAUUGAUGGUACCAAAGGGUAA